AUGAAAAAGUCUAUCUAUCUAUCUAUCUAUCUAUCUAUCUGUGUCGAUCUGUUCAUAUCUAUCUAUCUAUCUAUCUAUCUAUCUAUCUAUCUAUCUCAGUCUGUUCGCAUCUCCCUAUAUUUCUCAGCCUGUUCAUAUCUCCAUAUCUAUCUAUCUAUCUAUCUAUCUAUCAGUUUCAGUCAUUUAAUAUCUAUCUAUCUAUCUAUCUAUCUAUCUAUAUCUCUCAUCUGUUCGCAUCUCCCUAUAUUUCUCAGCCUGUUCAUAUCUCCAUAUCUAUCUAUCUAUCUAUCUAUCUAUCUAUCUAUCUAUCUAUCUAUCUAUCAGUUUCAGUCAUUUAAUAUCUAUCUAUCUAUCUAUCUAUCUAUCUAUCUAUCUAUAUCUCUCAGUCCUUUUAUAUCUAUCUAUCAAUUUCGAUCAUUUAAUAUCUAUCUAUCUAUCUCAGUCCUUUUAAUAUCUAUCUAUCCAUUCAUCUAUCUAUCUAUCUAUCUAUCUAUCUAUCUAUCUCAGUCUGUUCUCUCCCUAUAUUUCUCAGCCUAUAUUUCUCCAUAUCUAUCUAUCUAUCUAUCUAUCUAUCUAUCUAUCUAUGCCAACUUUCCUGGCAAGAUUAUUGCGCUUUUUAUGUCUUCGGUGAGCGUUCUCACUCUGUCGAGAGACUUCAUUUUCUCUCGUUAUCUCUCUCGCUCCCUCAGUGUGGACCCAUUAGAAAUAACGCUAGAUUGCCCAGAAAGAGACAAAUAUUUUUCCGUUAUCGUUUAA